AUGGUAUUCAGGAUCAUAUCUAACAACUGGUACUCCAUUCUGAUAAAUGGACAGCCACAUGGUUUUUUCAGGUCUACAAGAGGGGUGAAACAAGGAGAUCCUUUAUCUCCCACUUUGUUCAUACUUGCUGCGGAAUGUCUAACUAGAGCUUUGAAUGCUUUACAUACUGAUGCAAAAUUCAAAGACUAUGGGAUGCCAAAAUGGAGUCCAUAUGUCAAUCAUUUGGCAUAUGCUGAUGAUACAAAUAUUUUUACUUCUGAAGAUGACCAAUCUAUGAGACUGGUCAUGGAUACUUUGACAAAGUAUGAAGAGGUUAGUGGACAGAAGAUUAACAAGGGAAAGAGUGCAGUCUACAUGCAUCACUCUGUUCCACAGACCAUUAGUGACUUGGUGUGUAAUGUUACCCAAAUUUCAAGAAAGGAAUUUCCAUUUACAUACCUAGGGGUUCCAAUUUACUAUGGCAGAAGACAAGAUAUCCAUUACCGUGAACUUAUUGAAAAAGUUCGUAAUGUGCAGUUAUUGGAUCGGAAAGCUAUUGUCAGUUGGAGGAAGAACCACGUUGAUAAAACAUGUACUGCAAACAAACAUUGGGCUACCUGGACAACUCUAUGCCACCCACAGGAAGAAGGAGGGAUGGGUUUCAAAAGUCUGCAAGAUGUCUCCAAAGUCCUAUUUGCAAAGCUAUGGUGGAACAUGAGAACUAAGCAGUCACUAUGGAGGACUUUCAUAAGCAACAAGUACUUAAAGAAGUUUCAUGCAGUGAUAGCACCACAGAAGAAUACGGGUACCUAUGUUUGGAAAAAAAUGCUCAAAGUUAGGGAAGAAAUAGAACAUGAGAUUUGA